AUGUCAUUGAAGAAAACAAACCCAAUGAGAGAGAUAAGGAUUAAGAAGCUAUCUAUUCACAUAUGUGCACGAGAGAGCGGGCCAAAGCUCGACAGGGCUGCAAAGGUCCUUGAGCAGUUGACCGGACAGAAGCCGGUGACCUCGAAAGCCCGAAUGACUAUCCGGAACUUUGGAAUCAGAAGAAACGAGAAGAUUGCCGUUCAUGUCAAUGUGUCUGGAAAGAAGGCUUACGAGCUUCUCAACACUGCAUUAAGGGUUAAGGAAUAUGAGCUUAAGGAAGGUUGCUUCAGUAACAAUGGAUGUUUUGGAUUUGGAAUUGAAGAGCACAUUGACCUCGGGUUGAAGUACGACCCGGCAAUUGGAAUAUUUGGAAUGGACUUCUUUGUGGUUCUUUCAAGGCCGGGAGAUAGGGUAUCCAAAAGAAAAAGAUGCAAAUCAAGGGUUGGGAAUAAGCAGAGAGUUUAUGCAGAAGAUGCUAAGAAGUGGUUUGUCGAGAGCUUCGAAGGUGUUCUAGUUGAAUAA